GCCAUAAGGCCGACGCCUGCCAGUCAACUUCAUUAGUUAUAUUGUUUCUAAUACGAUUUCUGAACGCAUCUUUUCUAACAUUUUAUACUUCCGCAACCGCACAGUAUGAGUUGGCUAUCUUUCCCUUUCCCUCCUAUCCCGCUACAAUACACCAGAAAGAGAAGGAAGAUGCGCCGCGCGCACCAACUCUCGGCGCGACUAGCGCCGCAACGCUCCCGCCGUUGUAUUCCGAAAACUUUUCGAAUCACCGCGACACCGCUCCGCAUUUUAUGUGAAAAUAAAUUAAAUAACCGCACCGCUUCAUCUCAAACCGCAUAAAAUCAGUGUUAGUGUAGCCGGCACACAAGAACUAAUCGUGAGUGACAGUGUAUUUAACCUACGCGUAGAGAAAACAGCAUCGCAGGCCUGCGACAACGUACUCGUCCACCAUCCAGCGCAAGUAAGUCCUUUUUCCUUUCACCAAAACCCUUUAGCUUCACUCAUACUGUGUCUCGGUUCGCCUAAUCACCGACCAAGCUAUUUUCCCGCAUCCGCUACGGUCCUUCGAUACAGCCCACCACACGGGUGUGGUGGUGUAACAACACGCACCACCAGUGUCAUUGUCACUUCGACGGCUGGCAUUGACAGGUGUCAGUGUCACUGUCGGUUUGACGUGUCAUCUGCCAGUGUCAUUUACGUUUGACAGCUGUCAUUGUCACUUUGACGGCUAGCACUGACAGGUGUCAGUGUCACUGUCAGACCUGACAUUGACGUUUGGCGUUGGCGUGUGGCGGCGAGGGUUGGGACUGUCACUGUCAUUGUCGCUUGACAGUUUUAAUUUUUAAUUUUUAACUUUUAAUUUUUAAUUUUAUUAUAUUGAUGGCUUUAUUUGUUGAUUAACACCCAUUAGAUUUACAUACACUAGAAAGCAUACAAGUAGGGAUGGACGAGGACAGUGAGGCUGAGCGGCGUCAGCGAGCGCUACUGGAUGCUGCAUUGGCAGAAAACGCUGCGGAACUGGAGGCGCUGCGGGAACUGAGCCGCGAAGUAGCCCCAUUCACCCCAAGGCAGUCAUUGGCCCGUACACCCCCCCAGGGUCAACAAAGUGUGACGCCAGUCCCCGAAUUAUGUCAGGAGCGCACCUCAGCAGGCGAACUCUUGCCAAAUGCUGGCGAGAAGCGACUGCUCAGCUCGCCGGAAGAAGUUCAGGAGGCGGUACGACGGCGGAUACUCUCAAGCAAGGAGGUACCGCCUAUUGGGGGUCUGAUUGUCGGUCCAUCACCAGCGCCGGCCACCCCUCAGGACACUGCCCCCCAUCAGGACCAGGCCAGCAAAGUCACGCCGCUAAAAGACCUCAUCAAUGCCUCUGUGGAGUGCCUGGCUGGGCUGGCCACUGCCAGUACCCAAGGCAUCAUGGAGGCUGUCCGGAGCAAGUCCAGCAAACUGAACAAGGACGACAUCGCGUCAAAAGGCGCCUAUACCGAGCGACUGUCAGCAGUUAUCACGCACCUGACAGUACGUCUGGCCUCCGCUGAGAGUGCAGCGCGGCGCCCAGUAGCAGUCCACGAGGUUAUGCCUCCUGCCGGCCCAGUAACGCAGACACUGUCCUGCGACGUGGCAGCACCAAAUUACGCGGCCGUAUUAAAGAUGCCAAAGGGUAGGCCACUUGUCGCCUUAGAAAAGAAGGGUCCGGCGGUAAUCUUUUACCCUAACACAGAGAAGAUCAGCUCGUCCGAAGAGACGCUUAAAGAACUGCGGGAAAAGAUAAAGCCCGGACCAGAAGGCAUUAAGGUGCAGGCGGUGCGCCGAGUCGGAAACGCAGGGGUGGUCGUAGAGACUACCUCCAAAGAGGCAGCCACAAAACUGAAACAAGCGGCUCCAGCAACAUUAAGAACCGCUGACCCCAAAGCACGCAGGCCACUUGUGGCCCUCCGAAAUUUAAGCGGCAACCCAGAGGUGGAAGCAGUUCUCGAAGAUCUGCAUAGGGUCAACCUAGCUGAGGACAGCAAAUGGCCCAGGGAGCGCUUUCUGAAGGAGGCUAAGUUCGCCUUCAAAAAAGGACGCCAGGGAGGCAGGACUACAACAGUAGUCUUAGAAUGCUCGCCGCUAAUGCGCGACAAACUGGUUAGCUUGGGACGGGUAUUCAUAGGAUGGGACGCUGUCGAGGUCUGUCUGGACCGAUUUAUCACAGAGAACUCGUAGCAAGUGUCGAAGGAUUUCGGAGACUGAAAACCUUUGCUCACAAGUGGCACAAAAGGAGGAAAGAGGUCGAACAACAGAACUAAAACAAGGAAACCGAGCAGCUCGGUCGCGCAGUACUGUAAUUUGGUGUGUGUAGUGACCAACGGGAGACCUUAAGAACUGCGGACGAAACAAAGAAGGCACUUCGCGCGGCCAUCAAUCCGGCGCAGCUGGGAGUACAAAUACAUAGCGUCCGCAAAAUAGGAAAUGCGGGACUGCUUGUAGGCACUACCUCGCCGGCAGCUGCGGCGGCCCUCAAAAGCGCGGUACCGGCUACCCUCAGAGCGGCCGAGCCCGCCGUUCGCGAG